CGAACAUCUAUGUCUCUAUGUUCGAAUCGCUCACUGCCAUAGCCCUCAACAACCAAAUCCCUGAGUUACGGCCCGACUCGUAAAACUACAGGCUCGGGUGGAUCGGAAUCUUGUUUGAAUCGAUUUUUAUGGCAAAGCCGUCGGAGGCCUAACCUCUCGCGCCAUCCCCAUCUCCUAUAUGAAUGACUCUCGGAUAGUCGACGCCGUCCUUGUCUCUCUCGCUGCUUACCUUCUUCAACGAUUAGCACGUACCGCCCGUCGACGUCUCGUCACAACGCGCCUCCGUGGCCCGCCGAGUGUUGACAUCGUUACGGGCGUUGGCAGUACCCUCCUAAUGGCAAAGGACGCGAGCAUUCUCUACGAUGAGUGGGCCACCGAGUUCGGACCUGUGUUUUCUGUGCCAAGUGGCCUCUUUGCCUCGAAGAUUGUGUUAUGCGACCCUAAGGCCGCAACGCACGUGUAUGCGAGGGAUACGGCGAUGUACCACCGGCCACAGGCAAUGAGGGAUGGGAUUGCUAGCAUUGCUGGGCACAACUUGUUGUGGGCUGAAGGCGAAGAUCAUAAGAGGCACAGACGUGCUAUGAUACCGGCGUUCAGCAACGCCUCCAUUCGGAAGCUAACUCCAGCGUUCAUCGACGCCGGUUACAAGGUUAAGGAAGCCUGGGAGGGUAUUAUCGCUGAGAGCACAGAAAAAGACAGCGCUGUCAUUGACAUACAAACUUGGAUGGGGCGCAUUUCGCUCGACUCCAUCGGAAUCGCCGGCUUCUCUCACGACUUUGGUUCUCUCUCAGGUGCACACCCUGCCGUUAACGUCUUCUUUGACGCAUUGAACGAGAAGACAUCUUCCGUCAAAACGAUCCGAUGGCCCCUUUUGGAAGUGGUCAAAUCUUGGCCGGAUCGUCUUUCCGGGAAAUCCAAGAAGUUCUCUAUGGAGAUGAGCAACUCCCUUGGAGAGGCCGCUGAACCUAUGCUUGAGCGCGUACGACAGGAGAAGGCCGGAGAAGUGAGUAGGGAGGAUAAGUCUAUCAUUGGUUUACUCGUCAAGUCCGAAUCGUUGGGUGAGGGCGCGGAGAUGCAUAUGUCGCCAGAGGAGGUUUUGUCGCAGAUGAAGCUACUCAUCUUCGCUGGAAAGGAGACAACUUCAGCCGCUUUGACGAUGGCUUUGGUCCGACUCUCACAAAACCAAGAUGCCCAAACCAAACUUCGCGAUGAACUCUCCAAAUUCGCAACGUCUGACCCGACAUAUGAGCAGCUGACCAACGGUCUGCCUUAUUUGGAUGCUGUCAUUACCGAGUCGCUGCGUUUGAUGGCUUCUGGGAGCAUUUCCGACUUCACUCGCGUUGCCGGGGAAGACGAUGUCAUCCCGCUCAGUCAUCCCGUUCGCGAUGCUUCAGGUAAGCUCGUCGACAGCAUUGUUGUCGCCAAGGGCACGCUCGUCUGUGUAUCUAUCUCGUAUAUGAACCGUUCACCCGCGAUCUGGGGACGUGACUCGCGCGAGUUCCGCCCCGAGCGCUGGCUGGACGAAGACGGCCUUCCGUCGAAGGCAAAGGAGAUACAGGGACACAGGCACAUCCUCACCUUCUCCGAUGGGCAAAGGGCGUGUCUCGGGAAGCAGUUUGCCCUUGCAGAGCUCAAAGCCGUGCUGUCGGUUCUGAUUAGGUAUUUUGUGUUGGAGAUGGAGAAGAAAGGUGGUGAAGUCGAGAGAGCGGGACUGCUCUCUUCGCAACUCAAGAUCGUUGGUGAAGACGGAGUGGGUGUACCCCUCCGAAUCAGGCGGGUUGAUUAAUCAAUCAGCCGCAAGACUCAUCGUGCACUGAGUUUGCUGGCAUAGGCCUGAACUGUGGUAUCCAGAGAACUAACCUCCUAUAAUAUCAAUACUUCGCGAUCUUUCACAUGUUGUAGUUUAUAUUGCAGCCGUUUUCGGUAUAUCCUUCACUU